UCUCAUUAGAACACUUAAGAAAUACAAAUGUUGAUUAAAGAAUAGGUAAGAAUUAAAAUCAGUAAUCGUUGAUCAAAUACAUCCGACUAUAUAAAGAAUGGGGUAUUCAUAAGAAAAAGUACAAAAGGAUAUAGAUAAGCAAAGUCCCUGAAAUUAUCAAGAAGAGAUCGAGAAAAGGAUAAUGGCAUCAAUAUGCAAAGGCAAGAGUUCAUGGCCGGAACUAGUUGGGUGUAAUGGAGACACCGCUGCUGCAACUAUCAAGAGAGAAAAUGAUAACAUUGUGAACGCAAAUGUUGUGCUAGAAGGAACUAGUGUAACAGAUGAUUUCAGGUGCGAUAGGGUCUGGGUCUGGGUCAACGGCAGCGGAAUUGUCACCAUAACACCUAUAAUUGGUUAAAACUUAAUGUAAUGAAUGAAAAAUAAGCCGCAGCUGGUAUUGUCUUGGUCUUUCUAAUAUUUUCGCACAAAUAUACGUCACUGCUAAAAUAAAGAUGUUUCUGCAA